GCCCGUUCCACCCUGACACAAAAGAAAGAACGAAGGUUAAGGCUUACCUUGAUAGAGCUGACAGAGAGAAGGAGAUGCUAAGAGCUGAGCUGAGAGAUAGAAGGAGAGCUGAGAGAGGGAGAAAGAGACGUUGUGUCAGAGCAGGGGCUAUUUUGUUGGAUUUUUACGUGUUCCAGCAGAUAUGAGUCGUGUUGCUUCAACAUGGUCAACGGUGGGUCGCUCAUUGAUGGGGAGCAUUGGAAACCAUUCAUCGGGUUUACUGAGAACAUCACAUGAUAUAAUGACAAGGCUGGGCUGCAGCAAUUUCUUCUCUCAGCAGCAAAGAACAUUCAUUCAAAUGAGGACCAACCUCAAAGUUGUCGAUAACUCGGGCGCAAAGCGGGUCAUGUGCAUACAAGCUCUAAAGGGGAAGAAAGGGGCAAGAUUGGGGGACACCAUAAUAGCAUCUGUAAAGGAAGCUCAACCCCGUGGCAAAGUUAAGAAAGGAGAGGUGGUCUAUGGCGUGGUUGUGCGUGCGGCCAUGCAGAGGGGUCGUUGCGAUGGGAGUGAAAUCAAGUUUGAUGAUAAUGCAGUAGUCCUUGUCAACAAGCAAGGGGAGCCGAUUGGUACCCGUGUUUUUGGGCCGGUGCCUCACGAGCUUAGGAAGAAGAAGCAUGUCAAGAUUCUAACUUUGGCAGAGCAUAUUGCCUGAGGUAUGCUUUUUAUUUUUAUUUUUUCAGCUUUGUAAUUUUCUCAUUUUAGACUUUUAAGUACUUGUGGGAACUUUCAUGUCAAAGAGAGAGUAAUCCUUGUUGUGUAGGAUUGUUUUGAGGGCGGAAUUUUAUCCUCCGAGUAGUAGCUUGGUAGUGUUCUGAAUUGUA